CGUGGAUAUAACGAAGAAUAAUUAAAAGGUAUGGUUCAUAUUUUUAUCGCUAUCGACUUUUUUCCAAGCUUUGUGUUGAGCUUGACUGUAAUGGGAAGUGAUUUCAACGGACAAUUAAUUAUGGAAAUCAGUGACCAAUAUGAGUACGUCUUUGAUGAUAUCGAAUUUAACCUGUAUCAACAAUCUAAUCUGAAAGAAUGUACCGAGGAAAAAACCCGAAAUAUUCCGAAAAGCUUCGAUCGCUUUUCUAAAGCUAAGUCAUAUUUGCCAAAAGAAGACGAAAAUGUUCAUGAUAUGCUUCUUAAUUUAGUGUCGACAACAUUUUAUGAGGAAAUGGGAAUAAAUCGCCCGGAAUCGAAGGGGUUAGUCGUCAAUGAAACGCCAUUGAUCGACGAAUUGUCAAAUAGUGAGUCAGAAUCAGUGACCAAUCAAACGUCGUCAAUGGAUGACCAAUCAAACAGCGAUUCAAAAUUUGAUCAACUGGUGCCCAAACACACGACAAUAAACAAUAACAUAACAAACUCAGAGGAAAACGUUGGUAAAAGGGGCACACAUCAACCGUCAAUCAAAGAUAAUUUUUCACAAAAUAAUUCAAAAUGUAAAGUAUUAGUAUAUGAUCAAAAUUCUACAGUAAGUGAUUUAGAAAAUUGCUUUGAACAUUCAAAAGACCAUCACACAUUUCAAUCAUUAGUUAACGAUACUAUACUUGGUGUUUCGUCGACUACAUCGAUUCAAAGUCAAACUUAUAACAAUGAUAACAUAGAAAAAAAUGUUACUAAAACGAACGAAUUAGAAAUACAACGAAGUCUGUCAGAGGGUUUGAAAAAUGAAGAACGAAGAUCUGAGCAAUUUUUAAAGUUAAAGGAAAAUUUAUCGGAUCGAAAAAAUCGAGGGAAUUUUAACAGAUCUGUUUUAGAAGGUAUACAUGGACUUCUUGACUCUGCAUUUGAGGACGAACUGGCUGCAGAAAAUCGUGACUCUGUGUCAAAGGACGAAAUAUAUACAAACACUGAAGACAAAUUUGGAAUGAUUAACAAACAAAGUGUAAAUCGUGAUCAAAAAUUAGAUUCAACUUCAAUAUUUCGAGAGUCGUUAGGAGACCAUCAGAAUGAGACAUCUAAAAUAACUAAAGAAAAAGUUCAGAAGAAAGAUGGGACAACUGAGAACAGCGGAAAUCGUCUAAACCAAAUUCAGGAAAUGCGGAAUAUAACAGAAACCGUUAUCGACCUGGAUUUAUACCAAGACGGGUGUUUAAAUAACAUAACUGAAGGGAAGUUACAGCAAUAUACUAAGCUGAAAUUUUCUCGUGACGUAAACACAAACGGUACAGAUACAAAAAAUACUAUGAAGAGAGACGAUAUUAUUGUUAUCGAUGAAAAUUGUUCCGAAGGUCAUGUAAAAAAGGGUGGUUUGCACGAUAGAGUACAGGGUGCUUCUCAGAAAGGUUGUAUCAACUGUAGUAGGAACAGUGUCCCAACAAGUUCUGUUUCCUGUCGUGUCGAAAACGUCUGUGUUAAGAAAAGCGCCCAGAACUGUUGUUGUCACGAACGUGUCGAGACAUGUUGUGUUAUUGAUAGUUUCGUAGCCGAUCAUCUCGAUAAUGACAAAGAAAAAACAAGACAGCAUAAAAGAAAUUCUAUUAUUGUUAAUCUGGUAAAUGUGACAGAUAGAGAACAUGUUAUACCAUAUCAUUUAGUAGAAGAUGAUGCAGAGACAAACCAUAAACUUAAGUGGAAUAAUUUGCUGAACGAAAAGGAUGAUUCAAAUGUUAACAGAGUGAAACUAAAUCGAAUGUAUAACUCCAAAAGCAUGGUCAAUGCAACAAAGCGAAAAUAUACAGACAACGUAUCGUCAACAACAUGUGAAAAUCGAGCGAAUCCCAAUAAAGCAAAUAAAGAUUCAUGCAGUCUAGAAAAGCAAAAAAGAAAAACUGUCAAUAAAGAAGAGGGUGUUUACUUUGAAAACUGUGAUAUUUAUUUUGUAAAGAUAUGGAAAUUUGACUUAUCGAUGAAAAUACUGACUUGUGGAAAAUUUGCAUGUAAACAAAAGUCAGUGAGCAAAGAGUUAAAGAUUAUAUCAAACAUUAUUUUGGCGGGAUUUCAGAAGGCUCACAAUAAAUUUGUCGAGCGGUCAGAAACAAUUACCAAAAUUGAGAAUCCAGAGCAAAUAACCGAUGGUAGCUUACGGAACUUAUACUCCGAAUUCACAACCAAUCUUGUUAUCUUCAUUGUCGACUUUUCCAAUUGCAUACGAACUUUUGGAUUACUUCCAGAUGAUUUUAGAAAAAUUCAGAUCAAACAAUGCUUGUUAGAAAUGGCUGUUAUUUACUAUACAUAUUGGUACUCAGUACGCAAGUCCGACAUAUUCUGGGAAAUAUACAACCUUGAUACAUCCAUGAAGAAUUUUUCGAUCCAUGGAGGAGAAAUAGGACAUCUGAUUUCUAGUAUUUUUAGGUCUGCUGUUUCGUUCAAACUUCUGAAUUUAACUGACCAAGAAAUAUGUCUUCUAGCAGCGAUGGUGUUGUUAUCCCCAGAUAGACAAGGAGUACCACAAGACCACGUAAACCAUCUGGUAAAACUGGAAGAAAUCAUUUGUGUUGCGUUAAAAUGUAACAUGGUGUCCCUGCAUCAAGAAUACUCAUCUUGUCUGUUUGAAAGAACAAUCAGAAAACUCAUUGAUCUCAGGCUGUUUAGUGAUAAUCACCUUAAAGACUUUUUACAAUCACCAAUAACUGAUUAA